AUGACAUCUAGCAAGCCAGAAAUCACCUCCCAAAGAUGGUUAAUUGCCUACAAUUCCAUUUCUGCUUCUUUGUGGUCGAUUGUAUUUUUUAAUACUAUUUUCUUGAGUUUAUCGUUGGGUCAACCUUACUUUUUUGAUAUGACCAACAAAAUUACCACAGUAAUUCAAUGCUUUGCUGUUAUAGAGAUUUACAACUCGGCCACAGGAAAUGUUAAAUCUCCUUUGUUUACUACCGUGACCCAGGUAUUUUCAAGAUUAUUGAUUGUUAUUGGUAUUUGUCAAGUAUUACCUGAAUCGCCUGCAAACGUUCAUUGGUGCUUUAUUACGUUAUGUUUAUCGUGGUCAAUUACCGAAAUUAUUAGAUAUUCUUACUAUGCAUCUAAUUUGCGUUCUCCUGGAAAAGUGCCUUAUUAUUUGACUUGGGCUCGUUAUUCAUUAUUCUUUGUAUUAUAUCCAACCGGUGUUAUGUCAGAAAUGUUUAUGAUUUAUUUGUCUCUUAAUGAAUCUCAAAAUGUUGUUAGUUAUUUGUAUACCUGGUUUUUGAAGGCUAUGCUUUUCACCUAUUUACCUGGAUUUUACAUGUUGUACACUUACAUGAUCAAGCAACGAAAGAAGGUUUUAGGAAAACCAAAGUCUUUAAAAAAAACUGAAUAG